AUGGCAAAUUAUGUCGACCCAAAAUCGAUCUUUCUUGAGGAGGUCUUGACGACUUGGACAGCCUCUGUAUGUCCUGAUACACAUGCACACUAUAGCUUUGGCCACAAACGUGGAGAAGGGAGGGACAGUGAACGACGCUGUUGCGUCGUUCACUCGGCCUCGUCUCUCAACAACUCCAUACAGGACUGUGGUUCCGACAUGUCAGCGGCUCCGGUGGAAAUCGAACUCGCGCCGUGGCUACGCCACACAUGGACACGAUUGGCUCCACAAAAGGGUCCCGAGGCGGGAGUGACUUCUAAGGCAUGGCAUGCUGAUGAAUGGUUAAAUGAUGUUGGCCAUUACAGUCGACGCCACUACUAUUUAUGA